AAUGUUUCUAAAUUCAUUUAUUUCAUUUAAAAAAAGAAGAUAUUUCAGAGAUACCACUGAAGGAAGCACGUGUACCACCAGUGGUUCUUGAGAACCGGUGUGCUAAAGUAAUAUGACUGUGUUCAUUUGAUGUUUUUAGCUGCUGAAAGAAAAAUAAUAAAUAAAAACUGAUGAUUUCUAUAAAAACAAACUAAAAAUCAGGUGACAAACUGUUUCUCUUCCAUUUAGUUGAAGAAAUUCUUGUCGUUCUUUGCUGCAAACACAACCGCCGACAUAACCUCGUCCAUGUUUUCCACGUCUAAAAAAAAAAAAAAAAAAGACACAGCACCAAUCAACAAUAACAGCCCCAGAAACGUGAAGUGCAGCACCAUUAGCCGUGUCUGGAACAGCGCUGAAGUUUUUCCUGCUUUUUCUCCAACAAAUAAUCUGCCGGGCUGCUGCUGACUUGUUGGACUUGACUGUGUAAAUGGUUCAGCACAUAUGGCAGCUGCAAGCUUUCGGGCCAACUUGUUGAACUUGAUGGAUAGUGAAAAGGCCUUCGGGCUGCAUGUGUUGGCCCUCCCUACCCCAUGCUUUCCUUUCCUUCUUUUCCGUCUUCGUUUCCUCCUCUCUGACUUACUCUCUGUGCCUAUUGAUUAUCAGAACUUCCCCUCCACACACACACACACAGAUAUGUUACCUCCUCUGCUCAGCGUGUCUUCUCUGCUCUGACUGUUGGAGGUUCUCCAGCAGCUCUCCAAACAGGUCUGAUCCUUAACAAAGGUGAGGGGCUGGAGCUCUCGUUGUGUUCCAGCACAGCCGAGGUGAACGGAGAGAGGUCUGUGUUCCUGGCACACGAUUCCUUCAGCGCGCUGUCACGUCUCUUCAACUCUCCCCCUCUCUGAUGUUACCUGACAGCACGAGAUGAUCAGCAGCAGCAGCGUCUAUGGCUUAAAGAUGCAGUGGACCCCCGAGCACAGCCAGUGGGCCGAACAGCAUUUCGACAUCUCCUCCACUACGCGCUCUCCAGCCCACAAGGCUGAGGCCUACAGGGCGGUACCCGGGCACCUGCAGCGCUCUGCGACCUACCAGUACGCCUGGGCCAAUGACGACAUCUCGGCCCUGACCGCCUCCAACCUGCUCAAGAAGUAUGCCGAGAAGUAUUCCGGCAUCUUGGAGAUGCCGGGGGCCUAUUCUGAAGCUCCAGGGGUCCCGGGAGUGAUGAACGGUCGGAAAGGUGAAUCAGAGCCGUGGCAGGAUGGUGUCUACCCCAUGAGCUGCAUCCCAGAGGGGGUUUCUGUCAGAAAGGGAGGGGUGGCAGCGGCGUCAGAGGUGGUGUCUGGCAUGUGCAGCUCCCCGGGCUUGGCCUCCAGCACCCUGAGUGAGCCCAGCUACUCAAGCAGCAGCUGUGGGAGCCACACUGCCACCGCCCUCCACUCCUCCUCCAUGCCCUCUCAGGAAUACGGCCCUGCGUACAGCAGCUCCUACCUGCACAGUAGUUACAGUUCCCAGUCUACCCCCGCCCCAGCCCUUCCCUCCCCACUGCACAGCUCUGGGCUCCUGCAGCCGCCCCCUCCGCCGCCCUCCCACCCCACUUUAGUCCCAGCUUACAACGGAGGCUCCCCCAACUUGUCUAGUUAUAAUUACCCCCCAGCAGGCUACCCAGCUCAGAGCUCAGUUGGGCCAGGAUACAGCCCUGGGGGAGCGCCCCCUCCUUCUUCAUACCUCCCCUCAGGCAUUGCUGCACCUACGCCCCUCCCCCCCUCAUCUACCUUACCUGGAUACCCAUACCAGAGCCACAACCUGACCCCAAUUGCUCCCACUCCUCUCAACAGUAGCUCCUCCAACUCACUGAAGAGGAAAGCCUUCUACAUGACGGGCCAAGGAGAAAUAGACUCCAGUUAUGGUAACUUUGGCUAUGGCCAGGCUCGGAGCUCGGCUGAGAGCCCCAUGUACCGGAUAGCGGACAGCAGCAGUGCAAACGGAGGCUCCAGCGGUGGUGGAUUUGACAGAAGUGCUGAAAAGUCGUCUUUACCUUUUAAUCCUCAGAAGCAGUCCACGAUGUCCUCAGAGCAGCAGCAGAGGAAGUACAGCACCCAGGCAUCAGGUGGGCCACUGACUCCACCAGCCUACGUCUCCUCUACCCUGGGGGGUUCCCGCUCUGCAGAUUCCCUAGUCAGCUUCACCUCCCCUUCCCUCAGUGAGCAAGGUGCUGAUGAUCACCGUCUUCACCUUUCCCACUCAGCACCAGGGACUACCUCCUCCUCAUCCACUUCCUCCUCCAGACCUGCCGAAGAGCAGCUUAAAACCAGUGACCCUCACCUCCUCGACAUGGUUACCUCUGAAAUCGUUCAGCAGGGGCCCCCAGUGGAUUGGAGUGACAUUGCAGGACUAGAACUGGCCAAGGCAACCCUGAAGGAGGAAGUCCUGUGGCCCAUCCUACGCCCGGACAUGUUCAGCAGUUUGGGACCUGCCCCACGUUGCGUGUUGCUGUUUGGCCCCAGGGGCAGUGGCAGGACGUUGCUGGGUCGCUGUCUGGCCAGCCAACUGGGCGCACCAUUCCUCCAGCUCAGCGGCUCCACGUUGGCCACGAAGUGGCUGUCAGACGGAGAAAAAAUUAUUCGAGCGUCCUUCCUGGUGGCUCGCUGCCGGCAGCCUUCAGUACUGUUCAUUAGUGAGGUGGACAUGCUCCUGUCAGCCCACCUCAGUGAAGAAAGUCCCAUCAACCGGCUGAAGGGGGAGCUCCUUGCCCAGUUGGACUCGCUUCUCAUGGGCUCAGGAGAGGACGGAGGCAACCAAGUGUUGGUGGUUUGCUCCACAAGCAGACCCCAGGAUAUGGACGAAGGGCUGCGCAGGUACUUUGCUCGGAGGGUCCUCGUGCCCCUGCCGGAUAGCACAGCCCGACACCAGAUCGUGAACCAGCUCCUGGCUCAAUCUCAGCACAAAUACUGCUUGAGCGAGGAGGAGCUGGCGCUGCUGGUCCAGCGUACCGAGGGUUUCUCCGGACUGGACCUGGCCAGACUCUGCCAGGAGGCCCUCGUUGGUCUGUUACAUGUCUCUGCACAGGGCAUGGACAUGACGGGUAUGAUGCCCAGGGGACAGGUCAGGCCCCUCACCUACCAGGACUUUGAGAGUGUCUUUUGUAAAUUCCAAGCCAGUAUAUCGCAGAAAGAGAUUGACACGUACACUGAGUGGAACAAAAUGUUCGGCUGCAGCCAGUGAAAUGAUAGAUUCCGCCCUUGAGAAAUAGAGGCAUCCACAAUUCCUCCCCUCAGGGCAGAAGCAGUGUGCUGGAGGGAAAGGCACACAGAAGGCCAACACAAGCCCACUGAGUUCUCACAAGCAGGGUUUAGACGCACUGAGAGACCUGGUUUGAUGAGACAACUGGCAGUUUUGCAGUUAAUGAGCAAGAAUUUUAAUUUGAAUGCUUGACACUCCAGAAAUCCAGGCAUUGUUUACACAUUGCAAGCAAGUUGGCUUCAGAAGAGACGCCCCAGUGUCUGUGUAUAUAUCUUUAUGUUCUUGUUCUUGAGAUUUAGUUGGCUAUCCAAGUGCCUGAAGUGGUGCUUUCUGAGUUUCUUUCAUUGUUUAUUUGCCUCACAAUCUACAUCCAUGGCAUGAGCUGAUGAUUAUUAAGAGCUUUAAAACUUCAGCGGCGAGUCUGAAAAACAGAGAUUGACACUCGCCAUCGGCGAUGGUCAAUCAUUCUUUAUUGUCUUGCUGAGAGCAGUAAUCCAUCGGGGCGACAGUAAUCUGGGCCCUGACUCACACUCAUCUCUUCUGAUCCCGUGUCUGCAAAACAAACAAACGUAACAAACAAAACUCAGGAAAGCGUUUGUGAAUUGUACAGUACCUCAAGAUAUUUUGACGAAAAAGCACUAAGAUCUGACCUGGAGAAUCCCGAGGCAGUUUGGCAGUUUAGCGAAGCAGUGUUAGGUGUACCUCAACUAGCUGGGAUAAAUAGCAAAGAGGUGACAAUGAAUGUACUAGAUAUGUUCUGGAAUGAUGGAACAUAAUCAAUAGUGAGAGUAAAAACAUUAUUUCUUUUUCUUUUUCCUCACAGCAGGUGCUUUGAGUACCUGUUUCUACUUGACCAAUCCUGAAGCUUAUUUCCAUUGCUCUUAAAAAAAAAUUUCAAACCGUGUUGCCCAGCUUUGUCGUUUGGGGGUUUUAAGAGACGGGGCAGGAGUCGGGGUGGUGGGAGUUGUAUAUUUAUUAAAAACAACCAUAAUCAACAUUGUUUAUAUUAUGUGAUCUAGGCUAUAUGGUUAGGCUGCAUGGAGGCUCCAUCAGUUUGUCAGCUAAACUUCUGCGCAAAAAAAAAAAGUCAGCUCAUUUUUUUUAAUGUAUUCUCUGACGUAAAGAUGCUAAAAACACCUCCAAAAAUGUUUUAAAGGAAACGUUUCGACAUUUUGGCAAUUACGCCGCCAGUUAGCUUAGCUUAGCUUAGCUUAGCAUAGCAUGGCAGCUAACUCGGCUGCCACAACAAAAAUUGUUUUUAUGUUUUGUUUGUUUCAAACAACAAUCUGUGGUUUAAUGCGAUGCUAAGCUAACGGGCUGUAGCCUUAUAUUGAACGGACCAAUAUGAGAGUGGUGUCAAUCUAACUCUCAAAAUCGUAUUUUCCCAAAAUGUCAAGCUGUUCUUUUAAAUCACAGCGAUAUCAAAGACAAUUUAUUGUAUCUCUUUGUGUGGGUCUUGAAUUAAAUGUUGGACUUAAAUGUCAUUUGGUCUAGUUUGGUUUCAGCCAGAAAUGCUGUAUUGGAUAAGUAAGCAGCUCGUCUGUUUAGGGACCAUGUUUUACGAACAGUGAACGAGGAUCAAGGGGGAUAAUUCCAGACGUCUUUCUAAGUUUUUCAGUUGGAUUUGAUAGAUUUCACUUGAACUUGAUUUUUUGCAAAGUUGCCUUGUCACUCACGCUGUUCAGCUGCAUUUGAACUGGAUUAGCUGUAGAAUGGGAUGUCAUUUAAAUCAGGCGAGGUCAACCGUCCAUACAUAUAUGUGUAUAAUUUAGAAAAUCAAGAGUAAAUUACUAUUUUUGCCAGAGGUCAGAAGUCAUUUGAUAAUAACAAUUCUGACUGGUUGACAUCUCUGUAAUGCAGUUAGUAUUAUGAUUAGUCCUGUCCAACCAGCAGACACAUACAAUUUAUUUAAGUUACAAUUAAAAUUGAUUUUAAUGAAAGAU